AUGGAAACUUGGUUCAUCAUCGUUUCAACGCUCUGCAUAGCUGCUUUGAUCAAAGCCUUAUUUAACCUUGUUUUUCUUUACAGAAAAUAUGACCGCUCCAACACCAACCUCCCACCAGGCCCUCCAACCAUUCCCAUCAUAGGCAAUGCCAUAUUGCUUGGGAAAUCGUUCUAUGAACUUGAGUCAAACCUCAGAAAUGUCCGUGCAAAGUUGGGGAACAUAGUGACUCUCCGUAUCGGUCCCUAUCCGAUAGUAUUUGUUUGUGAUCAUUCUCUGGCUCACCAGGCCCUCGUACAGAAAGGUUCUUUUUUCGGUGAUCGACCGUCGACUGUUUCGAUCGGCAAUCAACAUACCAUUAAUUCUGCUCGAUAUGGACAAACAUGGAGUGUUCUACGUAAAAAUCUUACCUCUGAGAUUCUCAAUCCUUCUCGGGUUAGAUCUUACUCUCAUGCUCGUAAGUGGGUGUUGAACAUUCUCAAGGAACAGCUUCUCAAAUCCAAAAGUGGUGGCCAACCUGUUCGAGUUGUGGAUCACUUUAGAUACGCCAUGUUUUGCUUGUUAGCCCUUAUGUGCUUUGGUGAUAAGCUUGAUGAAGAACAGAUCAGAAGAAUCGAGGAUGUUCAGCGUGAUUUGGUGACAAACUUAGCCAACAAAAAUAAAAUUGAGAUAGAGAUCGCUCCAACAGAGGCUAUUAAGAAAAUAAUCUCAAUAUAA